AAAAUUUGCUCUUUGCCCCGUCAGCCAUUCGGACAGAAUAGGGAUGGGAAAUGGCGCUGGAUAAAAUCUUCCUUCUCUGCUGGAUUUGCUGCAGCUCAGUGUGGAUCCUUCCUACAGAGGCAAUGCUGAAGAUAAAGGAUGAGGCUCCCCCUAUUGCUACACUGGGUUCUGAUGUGACCCUCCCCUGUACAUUCAGUGUGGCUCAGCCUGUGAAUCUGCAGUACCUUGCAAUAAUCUGGAUCUUCCAAAAACAAGAACUCGUGAGACUUGACAACAAGGGGAUGAAGCCGAACCCAAGGGUGACAUUCAUUAAUGCAGAUGCCAAGAAAGGGAUUGCUUCUGUGCAACUCCACAAUGUCACAGUCACGGAUGCCGGAGUCUACACUUGUAGCGUAAUAUACAGUCCUAACAUAAGAUCUAAGGACAUAACGCUGAAAGUUCAAUCUCUUCCUACAGUUGAAGUGUUAGAGGAAAUAACAGAAGAACAAAGUAUGAUCGUCUGCUCAGUGUCUCGGUUCUACCCAAAGGAUAUCACUGUGACCAUAAUCCAGGAAGGAAAGGACCUGACCAGUUCUGUAUUGUCCAACUAUCAACACAAUCUCGAUGGCACAUUCAGUUUGAACAGAUCCCUGACAUUAGAGGACUCUGUGAAACAAAGAUCCAUGUCAUGUAGAGUCCAACAUGAAUCUCUUGCUGAGCCCAUUGAGAAAGAUCUCCUGCUCCUGCAUAAAGUUAAUGAAGAAUCCAAUAACGCUGUUGUGUUCGGAGCUGUCGGUGGUUGUGCGGUGCUUCUUGUACUUGUGAUCAUCGGAAUAGUUUACUGCAAAUACAUCAGGAAAAAAGGUCAGGAGAUGUUUAUAAUGAGUGACAUUCAGGGGCCUUCAGUUUGGAUAGAUGGGGUAAAGCUCAGACUUUACUGUACAACAUCCAACUGUUCUCAUGAUGCCAAAGUCACUUGGAUUGUAAAGGCACAAGAUGGCACAGAGAGUGAAUUCUCAGAGGCUGGUACUGGGGAGGCAGAGGAGGAACAGCCUCUUAUCUCUAGAGAAUAUAUUGUAUCUAAAGAGAAAACCAUCAAGUCCCAAAAGAAUGGCCUCGGUGAUUAUUCCAGCACUUUCUGCUUCAUUCCAUCUGUAUCCAGGCACCUUGGCACAUCCGUCUCCUGCAAGUUUGUGUGUGGUGGGAAAACCCAGGAGAAGACCUUCCAGUUUAAGUCUAUUCAAGCCAAACCCAAGUUUAUUGAGCCAAUAAGUAUGAGCCUUUGUGACUCUGGGAAUGUGCAGCUAUUAGCCACCCUGGAGAGGUUCUACCCUAAGGAGGGAAUCAAGGUCACUUGGAGAUGUAACAAGGACAAGUCACUAGAGACAAAUGCACCAAUUGAUGAAUUUAUUACACAUCCGGAUAAUACAUUUACUGUGAGAAGCAAAUAUGAAAUUCCUGGGGAUCGGUUUAAGGAUCCAGACUUUAAAGUUUGUGUCUUAUGGAAACACGAUUCUAUGGAGAAAGCUGAGUCCAGAGAAGUGAGUGUGAAAGACUUCCCUUGGCACCCGACUAUCGAUGACAUUCCCUUACAAAGUGAGAGAGAGAACAACAAAUUAAGACUGAGCUGUAAUAUCUCCAAUUACUUCCCUGAUGCUCUCACUGUCAUUUGGUUUGGGAAGAAGAAAGGAAGUCAGGAACUGUUUUCUGUAUCUAAAAGUGACAUUUAUGACAUGCAAAUGCCCCAGUCCCAAAGGGGUACAAAUCACACAUAUAAGUGCCAAGCAUGUUUGGUUAUCUCAGCACCAGAAAGCAUGGAGCAGGACAUGGAAUAUAUCUGUAGAGUGGAGCAUCCAAGCCUGAAGGAACCAAUACAAGGAGGCACAGGGCCAAUAAACAAAUAUGAUUUGGCAGAGAAGCAAAGCUUCAUUGUGCAUAACAUUCAGGGGCCACAGAGAUGGCAAGAAGGAGAGAAGGUCACUCUGUAUGGGACUGCCCUGUACUGUAAGAAGGAUGUUCAGGUGACCUGGAUGGUGAUUGAGAUGGAUGGGACCAAAUGGGAAAUCCCAGACAUUACCGAGUCAGGGGUCAAUGACUAUGUGGCUUGUAGCGAGAGAAGCGAUAGAUCAGACCUUGGGGGACUCAUGGACAUUACCACUUCCCUGAGCUUCACUCCUUCAGUCUCCCGGCACAGAUCCAUGAGCCUCAAAUGCAAGUUUGUCUGUGAUGGGAAAUUUUCUGAAAAACUCUUCCAAUAUAAAGAACUCUAUGCCAAACCCAAGUGCUUGAAGCCAAUAAAAUUCUCUCUCCUUGAGAAUGGGGCAGUGCUGUGUUCUCUCAGCUUGCAGCAGUUUUACCCUAAAUCCAUGAAGAUCAGUUGGGGAGCUGGGGUUCCCCCUUCCUGUGACAAGAUGGAGUCAGACGAGGAAGUGACAGACUCGGGGAUCACGUAUGAUCUUCUCAGCAAAUGUAAAAUUCCUGGGAGGCUUCUCCAUGAUCCUAACUUUACUUUCAAAGCUUCUUGGAAACACGAGUUCAUGAGUGACUGGGAAUCCACCCAACUGUCCAUCAGAGACCCAGGUUUUCCAUGGAAACCAGUAGUCCAGAACAUUCCUGUGCCCAAUCUCUUUGUUAACAAUCCAGUGACACUGAUGUGCCAAGUCUCUAAUAUCUUCCCUGAGUAUGUGACUGUGAAGUGGUUCAGGAGGGAGAAGGAUGGAGAGGACUUGUUCCCAGUGCCUCACAGUGAGAAGUACAAGAUUCCAGAGAUUAAAUUGGAGAAGCAAGAAGACAAGACAUUUCAGUGUCAAGCUCGUUUAACCUUCACCCCAACCAUUAGCUCAGAGCAAGGAGCUGAAUUCAUCUGUAGGGUGGAACAUCCAAGCUUAGAAAAAGCUGAGGAGAGGAGAACCGGUCCCCUCCAGAUACAAGAGGAGAAGACAUUCAUUUCAGAGAAGAAGAAGUUAAUUGUAAAUGAUAUUCAGGGGCCAGACAAAUGGACACAGGGAAGAGAAGUCACUCUUUAUGCCAUGGCUUCUUACUGCCCCAAGGAUAUAAAUGUGAUAUGGAUUAUAAGAGAGAGAGAUGGGAAAGUGUGGGAGAUCUGUGACACCCCAACAGAGAGAGGCAAGAAGCCCACAGCCCAAGGACUCAGCAGAUAUGUGGUAACUAGAGAAAGUACUGAUACAUCAGACAAAGAGGGGCUCCUCAAUGUGUCCAGUUCCAUGAGAUUUAUCCCCUCUGUAUCUGCCCACUCUGGGGUGAGUCUCAUGUGCAGAUUUGUCUGUGAUGGAAAGAGCAAAGAGAGAGAAUUUAAGCCAAGAGCCAUCUAUGCUAAACCCAAACUAUUGGAGCCUAUAAAGCCGGAAUGGUGUAAUUCCGAGAAAGUAAAAUACUCCCUGAACCUUGAGGGGUUUUACCCAAAAGACAUGGAAAUCACCUGGACGUCUGGAGUGGGAAAAAAGAAAAAGAAGAAAUCAUCUGACCAACUUCAGGAGAAUCCCAACCGGACAUUUAACAUCCAAAGUGACUGCACAAUUAACCAGAAGUUCUUCCGAGAUCCAAGGUUUAAGGUGUGUGUGAGCUGGAAACAUGAAUCCAUGGAAAAUCCACAAUCCAGAGAAUUUUCUCUACAAGAUUUAGGAACUGAAGCUCAGCCUGUAGUUCUACCCCAUCCAGAGACUGAUGUAAAGCCCCAGCCUUUAGUUCUACCCCAACCAGAGACUGAUAGGAAGCCCCAGCCUGUAGUUCUACCCCAACCAGAGACUAAUGGGAAGCCCCAGCCUGUAGUUAUACCCCAACCUGAGACUGAUGGGAAGCCCCAGCCUUUAGUUCUACCACAACCAGAGACUGAUGGGAAGUCCCCGCCUGUAGUUCUACCCCAACCAGAGACUGAUGGGAACCCCCGGCCUGUAGUUAUACCCCAACCAGAGACUGAUGGGAAGCCCGAGCCUUUAGUUCUACCACAACCAGAGACUAAUGGGAAGCCCCAGCCUGUAGUUCUACCCCAACCAGAGACUGAUGGGAAGUCCCCGCCUGUAGUUCUACCCCAACCAGAGACUGAUGGGAAGUCCCCGCCUGUAGUUCUACCCCAACCAGAUACUGAUGGGAAGCCCCAGCCUGUAGUUCUACCCCAACCAGAGACUGAUGGAAAGCCCCAGCCUGUAGUUCUACCCCAACCAGAGACUGAUGGGAAGUCCCCGCCUGUAGUUCUACCCCAACCAGAGACUGAUGGGAAGUCCCCGCCUGUAGUUCUACCCCAACCAGAUACUGAUGGGAAGCCCCAGCCUGUAGUUAUACCCCAACCUGAGACUGAUGGGAAGAAAUGGAUGAAGGAGACAAGAGAGAAGGCCCAACCCCCGAUGCCCCAGCCUGUGAAUAUCACCCUCUGUUGUGACUCCGGAGAAGUACUUUUCUCUCUGAAGCUCCUGAGUUUUUAUCCCAAAGAGAUACAGACUGAGUGGCAUCUCAUAACAGGACCAUCUAAAAAUAAAUUAUCAUCAACACCAAGUUUGACCCAGAAUUCCGAUGAGACUUGGAACAUUGAGAGUAACUGCAAAGUGUCAGGAAACAAACUGAGAGAUCCAAAGUCCAGAGUGUCCGUCACCUGGAAACAUGAAACCAUGGAAGGUCCAGAAACAAGAGAAAUAUCAGUUCUAGAUCCAGGUUUCCCUUGGGCCCCAGAAAUUGGGGAGAUAGUGACCCCCAGCCUUGUCCUUGGGGAAGAGGCCACAUUUCAGUGUAAGAUCUCCAGGUGCCUCCCUGCUGCCCUGACAGUCACAUGGUGGAGAAAGGAGGAAGGAGACCAGGAGGGGGUCCCCGUGAGUCCUGGAGACAAGUACAAGAUCCCCAAACUCACAGAGGACUAUAGACAUUUCUCCUGCACUGCCACUUUGUCCUUCACUCCUUCCCCACUCACUGACAAUGGGGUGGAAUUUUUCUGUGUGGUGGAACAUGUACAACACAGAAUAUGGAGAGGGACCGGCCCACUGCAAGUGCAGGAGCUAUGGAAUGAAGCCUGUACAGCAGAACUGGGAGACACCAACCGUGGAAUGGAGGUAGAUCCUGAGCCCAAUGAUGAAGAUGAGAUGGAUACUCAGAUCGCCCACCUUCGGGUGGACUUAACCUGCUUGCUGCAAUCGGGUUGGGGGCAUUCCUCCGAUAGACGGGUGACGACCGCCUUGGCGGAAGGCUUGCUGAAGGCUUGA